AUGAAGAGUUUGAUUUUUAACUCUUCCCACAGUAGUAAUUCUUGUUGUAGUGAUGAAGAUACCAACGAUGAUGAGGAUACCCAUAAAGUAAAAGAAUAUAUAGAUAAGAUACAUUUAUUAAACAAUAAUUACAAUAUAAAAAUAAAAAUGAAUGAACAAAAUGAAAAGGAGAAUUUUGUUCAUAAUUCUGAAUAUAUUAAUAUGUAUAUUAAGAAACAUGAAUUAUUUAAAAAAAAAUUAAAUGAUAUAUAUAAUUUUUUAAAGAAAAAAUCUAAUUAUAACACUUUUGAACAUAUUGAAAGGGUUUAUAAAACGGUAUCUAAUAUAAACUCUUCAUAUGAAUUUAUAUCUCUAAAAAUAAAAAUCGAAACAAUUAUUGAGCAAAUAAAAAAAAAUUUACAAAUUAAUUAUCAUGAUACUAUUAUAUAUUUAAAUGAAUUUUUACAAAUAAGAUAUAAAAUAUUUAAAUAUAAUAAUAACUCCAUUUUUUUGUUAUCUAAAAAUGAAAUAAAUCAUCAUGAUGAUACUCAAAAAAAUUUUCCUUUCUUAAAAAAUGAUGACAAGUUUUUAGAAAAUGAUAUUAUGGAUUAUAUUAAUUAUAAAAAAAGUUGUCUAUUCCAAAGCUCUCUAAAUAAAAAAAAGGAAAACCAUUCAAAUGCAUACGUACAUUUGUAUGAGAUGGACAAGGACAAAAUUAAUGAUCUCAACAGAUAUUACGAUCGUGUUAAGAGACUUAUAGAAGAUGAUAUUAUGGAAUGCGUCAAAAAAAAAGACAUAGAUGGUAUUAAGGAAAAAAUAAAUAUUUAUUUAAGUCUUUUUCAAAAAGAUAAUUUAGAAGCAGAAAGUCAUAAAAAAAGUAGAAACGACGAUGACUCGUCUGGUGAGUAUGGAAGUGUGCAGGACGAAAAUGAUGUAAACAAGAAAAAAAGUAUGGAUAAUAUUAGUCAUAGUGAUAAUAAUUUUGAUAGUGAUAAUAAUUUUGAUAGUGAUAAUAAUUUUGAUAGUGAUAAUAAUUUUGAUGGUAAUAAUAAUUUUGAUAGUAAUAAUAAUUUUGAUAGUAAUAAUAAUUUUGAUAGUAAUAAUAAUAUUAAUAGUAAUAAUAAUUUUGAUAGUAAUAAUAAUUUUGAUAGUAAUAAUAAUUUUGAUGGUAAUAAUAAUUUUGAUGGUAAUAAUAAUAUUGAUAGUAAUAAUAAGAACAAAAUGAAUGAAAAACAUGGUAGAGACGCUAGGAUGAAUAGACAUAUAGGUUCAAAGGAUAAUAUGAUACAUGUUGAUAGUAAUAGAAGAAAAGUAGGUACAGAUAAACAAAUAAUAUUUUUUGAAGAAUAUUUAUUUGUAUGCUAUAUUAUGAUUACAUUAGUCGAAAUAGAAGUUGAUAAAUUAUUAGACUUUUUAAAUAAAAAAAUAAUGAGUAAAGAAGAUAAUGUAUAUAUUGAAUGCAUAAAAGGUACAUACAGAUUUUUAUACAAAUAUAAUAAUUUGUUUGAAAAGUUAGUACAGAAUAAUAAUAUUGUAUAUAUUAUAUAUAAUAGAAAGAUACAAUUGUUAUUUAAUAAAAUUAUUGAAAAAAUAUGUAAAGAAUAUUUUUCACAAGUAAAUUUAACAAUAGAUAAUUAUGACGAAUUAAAAAAUUAUGAUAAAAAUAUAGAAAUUUUGUCAGUUUUAUGUUAUAAUUUCUUAAAUAUAAAAAAGUUUCUAUAUGAUUUAUCAAUAAAAAAAAUAACAAAUAUAUAUAAAAUAUUUGAUUUAAGAAAUCAUAUAAAUACAAAUAUAUUUUCAAUAGAAAGUGGAUUAUAUAAAAAUUUAUCUUAUAUCAUUAAUAUACAGAAUUGUAUAUGUGCUUAUAUUGAUCAUGAAAUUUCAUUUUCUAAUAUGUGUAUAGAUAAAGCAUAUAUAUUAACAGAUGAUAUUAUGUUAUCCUUAAUAGAGGAUGAAAAAAAAGAAAUAAACAACAACAAUAAUAAUAACAACAAUAAUAAUAACAACAAUAAUAACAACAAUAAUAAUAAUAACAACAACAAUAAUAAUAAUAGUAACAUUAUUAUUAAUAAUAAUGAUAAUAAUAAUAAUAUGAACUAUGAAAAUGUUAUAAAUAAUAAUGAAUAUACAUCAACUAUAUUAGAAGAUGCUUUUUUUAUAUUUCAAAAGUGUGUAUGUAGAAGUAUUCAUAUGAACGAUAUUAAUACUAUAUGUGUUCUAAUAAAUAAUAUUAUGAUACAUCUAUCUACAACAUUAAAAAAUUAUUUAAAUGACAAUUUAAAAAUUAGUAAAAAUAUAUAUGCUUCUUUUAUACACGAUAUAUAUAAUCUCAAAUAUUUUUCCUUUACAAAAUUGUUAAAACAUAUAGACAAAAAUAAUUAUUUCGGACAUAACCAAACUAGUGCCACCGUUACAUUUGCUCAAAAUUUUGUUAACUCGAUUAGUUAUAUAAGUCAGGAAAAUAACGAACAUGAAAAAAAUUAUAAAAGUUAUGCAGUUGCUGAAAGUGGUAUAACAGAUAAAUGUGAUGUCACAAAUAAAUGUGACGUAACAAAUAAAUAUAACGUAACAAAUAAAUAUGACGUAACAAAUAAAUACCUUGCGAGUGAUCAAGAUAAUACUGUUGCACAAUAUUUUAAUAAUUAUGAAACCCCUUCUGAUGAAAUACAAAAAACAAAGAAGGGUAUCUCUGAUGAUGCAGAUAAAAAAACGUUCAUCUCAUAUAAUAAUAUUAUUAAUAAUAAUAAAAAAAAAAAAAAAAACUUGUAUGAUUACUUAAAACCUCAUCACUAUGAAAAUCUAUAUAAUCCUUUAUCACCACAACAAAAUAUGAUGUAUGAAAUUAUUAACUCAAAGUUUAGUUAUCCACAUUGUGUUAAUAAUAUCGACUCGUGUUAUAUAUAUAUUCAAAAAUAUAAAAUAUUUAUUACUGAUUAUUUUGCUGAACAAUUCAUCCAAAAUAAUAAAAAUCAGAAACACAUACAAAAUUAUCAACACAUGUUUAAUAAUGCCCUAACUAAUUAUGAUAAUAUAUUAAAAGAAUAUGAAAAGUUAAAUACAGAAAAUUGUAGAAACCUAUUAAAUAUCUUAAAAAUACAUUUUAUCAAUGAAUUAAUUGUAAUCGAAAACAUCAACUUUAAUAUUACAAGUGAGCAAUAUUCAUUCUAUCAAUUAAAUGACCCAUAUAUAAAUAACUUAAUAAAUAGAAUAAAAUUGGUUAUAAACCAUAUAUCAUUAUAUUUUAAUCAAAACAUUUUGUACAUAUCUAUUAACAUGUUGGCCGAAAAGAUAUGCAAAUACAUCGAACGAAUUAUAAAAACCAAAACGUUCAGCCUCUAUGGAUGUGUACAAAUAGAUAACGACAUCAGAAAUCUGAUGCUUUUUUUUACUUCCUUAACAAAUAUCAAUGUUAAAAAAGAAUUCUCAAAACUAUUAGAAAUAUGUGAGUUACUAAAUAUAAGCGACCUACAAGACUUUAAAGAUUUCUAUGAUGAAAAUAAAAAUAAUUUGAAUUCAGCUGAAAUUGAAGGUAUUAUAUCCCUUCGAAACGAUAUUUCCGAGGACCUCUUAAAAUUGAUAAAAUCGUACAUGAACAUGAAAAUAUAA